AUGAGUCGAUACCACGCAGAUGCAGCCCAGCAUAGCUACCACAGCUCCGCCUGGGAUCCGUCACCGUACGGAAUCACCGAUUAUGAUACUGUCGAGCACCUCGCUCCCUCCCAUAACGAGUCUCCGUCCAAACGCAACUCGGCUGGCGUAGGUGCCAAUGCAAACGCCUAUCGUCUCGCGCCUCCCGCCACGAACAUCGGCGCCGACUCUCCAUCCAUGUAUACCGACCCUUACGAAGCCUUCAGCACGGCCCCACCACCGGAUCGUCGCUCCUAUCUUCACCAUGAUCCCUACGAUGCGAACGACCGCGCGCUCGCCGGCCCAUCCUUGCUCGACCGAGCGGACACGCUUGCACCGGGCGACAGUAUCAGCAGCUACAACGUCCGCGUCGGCAGGAACACCGAGCCGGAUCGCGCGCCAACAGCGUAUGCGGAUCCGUUUCAAGAGCCAGUGCACCACGCGCAUCAUGCGUCGCACAUGUCCGGGCCCACCGCGUACGACAACUACGACGAUGCCGCCAACUUCUACGGCCACAACUCGGCACACGGCUACGGACACGCCCAGUACGACACGAGCGGCACCGACCUGCCACUCAAGGCGCAUGCCGGCGCCAUGGGCUAUGCCGAGGACGAGCACGACGAGGCCAAGCAGAUUCGGCGCGGCUCGGCGGCGCUCUGGUCCAACCAGAUGGACGCCGCGCACCACCCGGCCAUGGCCGACGAAGAGGCCAAGAGCGGCCUGCUCGGCAAGCUCUCCCGGUCCGCCGGCGGCGGUCCAGCGGGCGAGGACAAGCUGCACGACCAGAUCGAGCGGCGUCGGCAGGGCAUCGGGCGGCAGAGGUGGCCGUACGUGUCGUGGGUGGUUGCGGUGGCGCUCGUCAUCGUGUUUGUCAUCGAGCUGGUCAAGGCCAAGUCGGCGACGGGCCAGGCGGUGCAGACGCGGCCGAGCAUCAAUCCGAUGCUCGGACCGUCGGCCGAGUUCCUCAUCUCGUUUGGCGCGCGCUUUGUGCCGUGCAUGCGCAAGGUGCCUGCGCUGCCGACGUCGGAGCAGCUGCCGUGCCUCAAGGACUCGACGUCGAGCUCCAACCUGUACUCGCCGAGCCAGCUGUGUCCCAUCUCGGACAUCUGCGGGCUCAAGGACGCGGCGAGCCCCAACCAGAGCUACCGCUUUGUGACGGCCAUCUUUGUGCACGCCGGGUUUGUGCAUAUCCUGUUCAACCUGCUGGUGCAGCUCACGCUGUGUGCGCAGAUCGAGAAGCUCAUCGGCUCGCUCGCGUACGCGCUCGUCUACUUUGCCGGCGGUAUCGGCGGCAAUCUGCUCGGCGGCAACUUUGGCCUCAUCGGCCAGCCGGCGCUCGGCGCGUCCGGCGCCAUCUACACGUGCAUCAGCAUCGAGCUGGUCGACCUGUGCUACAACUGGCGCUACGAGUACCGCGCCAAGGUGCGCCUCGCCAUGUCGAUCGGAUUCGCCAUCGUCGGUCUGGCGCUGGGGCUGCUGCCGGGGCUCGACAACUUUGCGCACAUCGGUGGCUUCUGUGUGGGCCUGCUCGGCGGGCUGGUGUUUGCACCCUCCAUCCAUGCCACCAGGCGCCAUCGAGUGGUGACGUGGGUGCUGCGCAUCGUGGCGCUCGGACUGGCCGUCGGCUUCUUCGCCGGGCUCGCGAGCAACUUUUACAACUCGCCCGACCCCACCAAGGCGUGCACGUGGUGCAGGUACCUCAGCUGUCUGCCUGUCUUUAACUCGUGCAAGGGCAACGGCCUCACUACUUCUACGACCACGAAUACCAGCGGUAGCAGCUGA